AGAUGGCACUUAUGCAAGCACCUCUCUCCCCAUGCAUCGUGAUCUUGAUUCUGUGAGGGAUGCACAAAUGACAUGCCUGCUCAACUCUUGCCAUGGCCUCCCCCCAGCCCUACAGCAAAACCAACCACAAGGAUAUCAAAACUCCCUUACCAAUCCUCCGAGAGCAUUCGGGCAAGCGUGUCGGAGGAGUUCUCCAGGGCCCGAGGCUGCGAGGCCAUCCGCGAUGCUCGUGCCGUGAGGUGUGUCAGAAGCUCGUCUCCUUUCCCGCCUCAUGGGGAUUGAUGGUCGGGAGGGCUCCGUAUAGGCUGGCGCGGGCAAGGCUAUGCAUGUCGAGAGCAAGCAUCGUCGUUCUCUUUUCGCGUUUCUGGAGCGGUGUUCCUUCGCGCACCAUGGCACGACCUGGCAGCCGCUCUCCACUGUGCCCACUGCUGCUCUCCACUCGAUGCUGGGCAGGACAGAGUCGCGGGUCGCCUUUCCAGGGGUCAGGACGCGACUCUUGUGCAGAGUUCAAGGUUUCGACGGUCUUUCAGCCCGGCCCUCUCCAAGUCCAGGAGAACCACUAGACUGCAUCCAGGGCGCUGCUUACAAGUUGCAACUUUGCAUCUGCUGUGCGCUGCGCUGGCUCUAGCGAGCUCCACUGGAGCAAGCA